AUGGAUCCGUGGUACACUGAGUUGAGUCGAAGUCGAGGAACAAGCGAUGGCGCAGAUGGCGAGUCUAAUGGAGAGCCAAAUGUGAACGAAACUCCCCAUGUACCCAUUUAUCAACAGUUUAUGCCACCCGGAGAUGCUAAUUUGGUACAACCAAUGCUGUUAGGGAUUUCUUCGGCGCUGACUAUGCAAGAAACUGAAGCACAAUCGAUGCCAAUACAAGGCCCGUUACUGAUUCCUCCACAAAACAUAGACCAUCUGGACGAGGGAGGAAUAGCACAAUAUUCUGCAUCGCUAGACCACGAAACUGAAGUUCAGCCACAUAGAUAUCACCACGCCAUUCCGGGCCUGUCACAAGCAUCCAGUCCGUAUGGUCCUCCCGGAGUAUUCGCUAACAUGGGCAUCGCAAAUAUUCCACUGACAAUAGCGUCGAAUACGAUGGUGCCAAACCUUGAUACAGAACCGCAUGCUCCAGAGCAACCUACACCGCAUAAUACCAUCCCUAUUAUACUGACCAAAAAGAAUACUCGACGGUAUUCACGGUCAUCCGACAGUCACCAUGGCUCCCCAAUAGACGAAUCUGUCGAAAUACAUACGACGAAACCCAUCACUAAACGAUCAAGGAUGGGCUGUCUUACUUGUAGGCAAAGAAAGAAGAGGUGCUGUGAAAAAAGGCCCCACUGCACCGAGUGCCUGAGAUUGGGUCUAGAUUGCAUUUGGCCAGUACCGGGAACUGAACAUAGGAACAAGUCAAGAGAUUCCCGGGGAGAUAAGGACACUAUUGAACAUGAAGCUUUUGGAAAAAUUAAGGUUCUAAGAGGUAUUGUUGAAUACAAAAGUAAAUAA